AUGAACGUGUACCAGUGCGGCGGCGCGCGCCGCAGCCGCAUCGCUGUGUACGUGUACCCGUACGCGCGGUACGCGGACGAGCGCGGCCGGGCACUUGUGCCGCUCUCGCGCGAGUACCUGGACGUGCUGCAAGCGGUGCAGCAGAGCCCGUUCUACACAGACGACCCGCACGAGGCGUGCAUCUUCCUGCCGGCGAUCGACACCUGGCAGGACGGCGAGAACCACCUGGUGUUCAGCGUGUGGCCUGGCACCGGAACGGAGCGGCUGGGCCGCGCCCUGCUGGCCGGCGCCAGCCUCUCCAGCCUGGUGUACCGGCACGGCUUCGAUGUGUCGCUGCCGACGGGGGCCGAGUUCUGCCUGGCAGUGCGCGGCGCCCACCUAGGGCCCGAGGCGCUGGCGGACGCGCUGGCCGUGCUCGACUGGACGCGGAUCGGUCUGCACGUGUACGAGGAGGACCUGGCCCGGCUGCCCGACAUACUCGCAGAGGUGUCCGAGUCGCGACGGCUCGAGAUGCGGCGCCAGGGCGCCUGGGUGUGGCGCCGCUACUUACGCUCGUUCCGCGAGAUGGCGCUCACCACACUGCAGAUCGUCAACCGACCGCGUCAUGUGUCACCGGCGUACCCGCUGACGGUGCCGUACACGGCCCCGCGCAGCCAGGGCUUCACCGCCGUCGUGCUGACGUACGACCGGCUGGACAGCCUGUACCAGAUCAUUGAGACGGUGGCGCUGGCGCCCUCGCUCUCCAAGGUGCUCGUGGUGUGGAACAACCAGAAGAAGGCGCCGCCCAGCGCGUCGUUGUGGCCGACCAUCUCGAAGCCGCUGAAGGUGGUGCAGACAGGCGCCAACCUGCUCAGCAACAGGUUCUACCCGUACGACGAGAUCGAGACCGAGUGUGUGCUGGCACUGGACGACGACAUCACCAUGCUGACCGUCGACGAGCUCGAGUUCGGCUACCAGGUGUGGCGGGAAUACCCGGACAGGAUCGUCGGCUUUCCGUCGCGGAACCACGUGUGGAACAACGUCACGCAGAGCUGGGGCUACGACUCCGAAUGGACCAGCGACCUGUCCAUGGUGCUCACCGGCGCAGCCUUCUAUCACAAGUACUGGAACUAUCGGUACACAAACUCCCUCCCUGGCAACAUCAAACAGUGGGUGGAUGACAACAUGAACUGUGAGGAUAUCGCGAUGAACUUCUUGGUCAGCAACGUCACUGGCAAGGCCCCCAUCAAGGUGGCGGCGCGGAAGAAGUUCAAGUGCACGUCCGCCGACUGCAGCGGUGGCGACCUGUCGGCGAACGUGGACCACUUCAUCGAGCGGUCCGACUGCAUCCAGCACUUCGUGGGCGCGUUCGGCGCCAUGCCGCUGCGCAGGGUGCAGUUCCGCGCCGACCCUGUCCUCUACCGGGACGACUUCCCGGCCAAGCUCAAGCGUUACAACGACGUGGGCAGUCUGUGA